AUGGAUAUGAACUCUGCACAAGAUGACGGAUGGGAAGAAUAUGGAAAGAAAACUAAAAACAAAAAUAAGAAUAAUGCAGGAAAGCAAUGGGGGGCACAACAAUCUAACACUAGAGCAUGGGGUAACUCUGGUACCAUGGAAAAACAUGGAUUGCAAGGUCAUGCUGGGCUGGGAAGGGGUUCAGGACAGAACAGGCCUACACAACCUUCUGAUUCUAGAAAAAACCCUGGCAGAGGGUAUUCCAACCCCCAUUUCUCUAACCAGACUCCUGCUCCUCACUAUGGUGUACGUCCUGUUGCAAUCCCCCCUCCUCUGAAGAAUGGAUGGGGAUGGUCCAAUAGGGCUACUUCCAGUCAUUCUUCCAAUGAUGGCGUGGAAGCCCACAAACUUCACCCUGUUAGCAAUCAGACCCCAGUAUCUGACGAAGUUGAUGAUGACGCUGAAGAUUCUGAAGAUGACAUCGAUGACAGUGAUAAUGAUGAUGGUUUCGAUUCUGAUGAAAGCCAAAAAAGUCAUGACACAAAGAAGAUGAACAAAUGGUUUAAGGAACUUUUCGUUUCUCUUGACGGGUUGACUGUUGAGCAGAUUAGUGAGCCUGAAAGACAGUGGCAUUGCCCGGCAUGCAAAGGAGGCCCUGGUGCUAUUGAUUGGUAUCGUGGCUUGCAGCCCCUCAUCUCGCAUGCGAAGACCAAGAGAUCCAAACGGGUGAAGCUUCACCGGGAACUUGCUGCGCUGUUGGAGGAGGAAUUAAAGAGGAGGGGAACAUCGGCUGUGCCAGCUGGUGAAGUGUUUGGAAAAUGGAAAGGCCUUGAAGAAGAACCUGACAGAGAAAUAGUUUGGCCACCAAUUGUGGUCAUCAUGAAUACCAGGCUUGAGAAAGAUGACAAAGACAAGUGGAUUGGAAUGGGGAACCAAGAGCUACUGGACUACUUCAGUGCAUAUGCUGCUCUGAAGGCCCGACAUUCUUAUGGACCACAGGGACACCGAGGGAUGAGUGUGUUGAUUUUCGAGGCCUCGGCGGUGGGUUAUGCAGAGGCUGAACGUUUGAGCAAGCACUUUGAAGACAAUUUCAGAGACAGGGUUGCCUGGGCAAGAACUAAGGUUCCCUUUUACUCUGGAGGUAAACGCCAACUGUAUGGUUACAUGGCAGAGAAACAUGAUAUGGACAACUUCAACCAGCAUUGUCAAGGUAAGUCCAAACUGAAGUAUGAGAUGCGUUCGUAUAAGGAAAUGGUUGUCAGUCAGAUGAAGCAGAUGAGUGAGGACAAUCAGCAGAUCCAUUGGUUAAAACACAAAAUUUCCAGAGAGCAGAAGAGCAAGAAAGCUCUGGAAGAGUCUCUGGGUCUCGUCGCAGAAAAGCUUCGGAGGACCAUGGAUGAGAAUCGCGUAGUUAAACUGAAAACAAAAAAACAUCAUGAACAGAACAAAGAGGAGAUGGACAGCCAAGAAAAGUUCUUCCAAGAGCAAAUCCAACAGUUCUAUGAUGCAAGAAAUGAAAAGGAAGAGCUCUUUGAGAAACUCCAGCAGCUCGAAAGGGAGAAGUUCACUCAGUCGGACGCAAAUACAUCUCUUGGAGAAGACCGCCUUCACAGGGCCGAGGAAAUUGACAAAUUCAUCCAGCUGCAAGACAAAGAAAUGAAGGAGUUUCAGGAGAAGAGGGAGAGUCUUAUUAAGGCGCACGAGGGGAGGAUGAUGGAGCUAAUGCGCCGUUAUUGGGAUGAGAAGAUGGCUCUAGAGAAGGAACUUGAUCAGGAGCUCAAUAAGCUGAUGGAGGAGUACGCACCGGGCCAGAUUAUCAACUGA